AUGGUUUCUAUUCCAACUGCUAUGAAAGCAAUUAGAGUAAGAGGUUCUAAAGCAGUAUUAGAAUCCAACGUCCCAUUACCAGAAAUCGAAGAUGGUUAUUUUUUAAUCAAAGUUAUUGCGGUUGCAGCAAAUCCUACUGAUUGGAAGCAUGUCACAUAUAAGAUUGCUCCACAAGGUGCUAUUUCAGGUUGUGAUUGUGUUGGUGAAAUUGUUAAAUUUGGCCAAAAUGUUGAUACAACUAAAUUUUCCAUUGGUGAUAAAGUAUAUGGUUUCAUUCAUGGUGGGUCUGUUAGAAUGCCAACCAAUGGUGCAUUUGCUGAAUAUGCUUCUAUGGACUCACAAGUUGCUUAUAGAGCUCCAAAAGAUUUAAAAAUCAGUGGGAAAUUAUCUAUUCCUGAAGGCCCAUGUAAUACUUUAGAAAGUUUAGCUACUUUACCAGUUUCAUUAGGUACUGCUGGUUUGGUCUUGACUGAUAGUUUUAAGAUCAAGAUGGAAUGGGAACCUGCUAAAGUUCAAAAAGAUGAACCUGUUUUAAUCUGGGGUGGUGCUACUGCUGUUGGUGAAAUGAUUAUCCAGUUAUCUAAAAAAAUGAACGCAUUUUCUACAGUUAUUGUAGUUGCUUCUAAAAAGCAUGAAAAAAAAUUAAAAGAAUAUGGUGCUGAUGUUUUAUUUGAUUACCAUGAUUCUGAUGUUAUUAAUCAAAUUACUAAAAAGUAUCCAAAUAUCAGAUAUUUAAUUGAUUGUGUUUCUAAUAGAAGCACUAUUCAACAAGUAUAUAGCUGUGCUAGCUUAACUGAACCUGCCACUGUUUUAAAUUUGGUUGGUUUAACAGACAAAGAUAUUGAUGAAAAAAUUAGAAGGAUUGAUGUUAAAAUGAUCACUACUUUGAUGUAUUGUGUCUUGGGUCAUCCAGUUCCAUUUUUAUCUUUUACUUUACCAGCUGAUCCUGCCUAUAGAGAAGCUGGCAUUAAGUUUUACCAUUGGAUUGAACCAAAAGUGUCAAGCGGUGAAAUCCGUCAUAUUCCAGUUAAAAUUUAUCCAAAUGGAUUAGAAUCUAUUCCAGAAAUGUUAAAUGAUUUAGAGACUGGUAAAGUAUCUGGUGAAAAAUUAGUUACUGUUCUUUAA